UUUAGGUGUGUCGGUUUUGAUAUUUGGCGGAAAAUGUCUGAUACAGAAGAUGAAAAUAUACCGAGUGCUGCUGACUGUGAGAGGCGAUGUCAGAGCUUUGCAGACAUUACAGGAACGGAUACGGCUCUGGCCAUGUUUUAUCUCCAAGACAGGAACUGGAAUGUGGAGGUUUCAGUCAAUGCAUUUUUUGAGGACCAAGAUGUGACAGACCAUGACAAAGGAACUAAGAGAGGGGGAUCAGAUGUCACAGAAUCUGGAGGAUCCUCCAAGCAAAUGAAAAUUGAGAAACAUAUUGAAGAUCCAGAACCUCAAAGAAUUCGUUUGCUAAGUUGGAACAUUGAUGGCUUGGACAAACCAAGUGCAGAAAAAAGAACUACAGAAAUUUGUAACAUAAUCAAGAAAGAAAAUCCCCAUGCCAUUUUACUCCAAGAGGUGACAAACGAUACUUUACCAAUUCUUCAACAGAACUGUCCUAGCUAUAAAAUCAUUCCAGGAGGAUCCAUUGAGUAUUUCACUGCCAUCAUGUUAAAGAAUGACUUUGUCAAGUUCUUCGCAAAGGAGAUACAGCCAUUCAAGAAUACUGUUAUGAUGAGAAACCUGCUGGCAGUUCAGUGUCAGAUUAAGGGCAUACCGUUUACCUUGAUGACCUCCCACCUGGAGAGCACUAAGGAGUACGGAGAGGAGAGGAAGCAGCAACUGAAGCAGUGUUUUGAGGCCGUUAAGGCGGCUCCACCCACUCAGAAUGUCAUCUUUGGAGGAGACCUUAAUAUGAGAGACAAAGAGCUAAAAGAAGUAGGAGGGAUUCCUUCAGGAGUCUGUGAUGUUUGGGAGGCCACAGGAUCCAGGAAGGAGUGCCUCUACACCUGGGACAUGAUGAGAAAUACAAACUUGGUGUUCGACAAAUUCAAGCCUCGCUGUCGAUUUGACCGCCUCUAUCUCAGACAUUCCAAUCCUACCACCAUCAAACCUGUGUACUUUGAACUGAUUGGUUUAGAGAAAGUGAAAUCUUGUGGAAAGUUUCCUAGUGACCACUGGGGACUGUUAUCUCAUUAUGAUAUAUUGAAUAAAACUUGAAUAAUUACA